GAUAGUUAGUCGAGUCGUAACUUAUCAAAAAUAUCGCAAUAAAUAAAUAAAAGUUCUCAAGAAGUGUAAUUCAAAGCCUUUGCCUGACAAUUGUCUUUGCAUACUCAAACUCUUUGUGGAAAUUUUUAGCAUCGAAAGUGAAAGGAAAUCGAAACGAAGUCAUUAUGCAAAAAUAAUGCAGAAAUAGUGGCAGCAAAAAAAGAGUUUUUCACGUACUUGCCAUUCACAAAGUAGCUUAGAAUCGCCGCGCCGCAGGAAAUACAAAAUAAAACGAUGGCUUCCUGGUUCAAAAAGCAUUUUAGUUGCAUCAAACGCGAACCGAGCGUCAUUGCAUCGAGCAGUGGUCGAAAUGUCGUCCUCACGAAAAGUCCAAACAAAAAUUGGCGCAGUGAUUUAAGUGACACCGAAGACGAAGAAGACACUGUCGAUGGCGGCGGCAGCAAAAUUCCCAUUCACAAAGCUCGUUUAGAGAAAAUCAUCAAAAAUGACUUGAAAAAUUCGUCGUUGAAGAAAAAUUCGAACGAAUAUCGGGAUUACAGCAAAAACGCCGAAAGUCAAUAUAUUGCGGAGAAUUACUUCAAAAUGCGGAAUAAUAGUGUCGCGAAGCAAAAUAAUCUCGGGAAAAAGAUCAAAAUUGAUGACAAUCCGUCACGCGUCGUGAUAAGAGCUCCGCCAUUGCCACGAGUUAUCAAUAAAGACGUUUAUAAUAAUAAUAGCCAAAACAUGAAUUUGCAAGAAUUGAUGAAGAAAUUGAGGGCCUGUAAUGAGUGUGUGAGCCAGAAACGCAUUUGUCGUGUCCAUUCUGCCAUGGUGUCCAAAGUGAACAUGGCCUCGCGAUCCGUGACAGUUGAGUGGUACGAGCGUGGCGAAACGAAAGGCAAAGAAGUCGAGCUGGACAUGUUGUUGCAACUCAAUCCCGAUAUCUUCAACAUUACUGAGCCAGAAAUCAUUCAGCAACCGCCGCCACAGCCAACAAAUUUACAACGAGGUUCGUCACAAUCAUCUCCCGACGAUUACGAAGACGAGUUAAUCGAUGUCGCGGACGAGGAGAAUCUCGAGGAUCUCGUACCGCAACAAGUCGCAAACAAUGCAAUUUCCGGUGGUACCUUACCGAUUCGCCAAACUAACACAAAUACGACGACUAAAUCUGCGAAUGCAACCCAGGGAGCAAUUAGAGUUAGAAAUACUGGAAUUGUAACUCCACAAAUCAAUGCAGGGCGUUCAACUAGAUCUAACGUACAGCCAAUCCAAGUGCAGCAAACAAACGGACAAGAUCACUCGGAAAAUAUUCCUCCUCCGACUUCGGUGAAGCAAAGAGUUGCUAAUAAUCGCGCCACAAUUAAUAGUAACACUCAAAACACGCAAAACAUGACCACCGCCAUUACAAGCAAUGCAGGACAACGUCGCUCGUAUGUCGUGAAGGAAGUGGAAAAGCUAAAGGAGAACCGCGAAAAGCGUCGUGCCCGCCAAGCGGAACUAAAGGAGGAAAAAGUCGCACUGAUGAACAUGGAUCCGGGCAAUCCGAAUUGGGAGCUUGCUGCCAUGAUACGCGACUAUCAGAGCAGUGUCGAAUUUCGACCCUUGGUCGAUGGGAUUCCCGUGAAGACGCAACAAAUUACGGUUUGUGUGCGAAAACGCCCAAUUUCGCGCAAAGAAGCGACACGCAAAGAGUUGGAUGUUAUUUCGGUGCCGAGUAAGGAUUCGCUUUUAGUGCACGAGCCGAAAACGAAGGUCGAUCUCACGAAAUAUUUGGAAAAUCAUAAAUUUCGCUUCGAUUAUGCUUUCGAUGAUACAUGCUCGAACGAGUUGGUUUACAAAUAUACGGCAAAGCCCUUGGUUCAGACGAUUUUCGAAGGCGGCAUGGCAACGUGCUUCGCUUACGGUCAAACAGGUAGCGGCAAAACGCACACGAUGGGCGGCGAAUUCAGUGGCAAAAUCCAAGACUGCAAGGGCGGCAUCUACGCCAUGGCGACAAAAGACGUUUUCCACUAUUUGCGAAGUCCGAAGUACGCGCACUUGAAUCUCGUCGUGUCCGCCAGCUUCUUCGAGAUUUACAGCGGCAAAGUUUUCGACUUGUUGGCGAACAAGCAAAAAUUACGCGUUCUCGAGGAUGGCAAGCAACAAGUGCAAGUUGUCGGUUUGACGGAAAAAGUCGUCGAUUCCGUCGAAGAGGUCCUCAAACUCAUCCAGCACGGCAACGUGACACGCACUUCGGGACAAACAUCGGCGAACGCCAACUCUUCCAGAUCGCAUGCAGUAUUUCAGAUCGUGGUACGGCCCAUGGGCUCCACAAAAAUCCACGGAAAAUUCUCCUUUAUCGAUUUGGCGGGCAACGAACGUGGCGCCGACACGUCGUCCGCGAAUCGACAAACGCGCAUGGAAGGUGCGGAAAUCAACAAGUCGCUGCUUGCCCUGAAGGAGUGCAUUCGGGCGUUGGGACGUCAAAAUGCGCAUUUACCAUUCCGCGUUAGCAAGUUGACGCAAGUGCUGAGGGACUCGUUUAUCGGCGAGAAGAGUCGCACGUGCAUGAUUGCGAUGAUUUCGCCGGGCCUGAAUUCGUGCGAACACACGUUGAAUACGUUGCGGUAUGCGGAUCGCGUCAAGGAACUUGUGCCGUCAGAUCCGUCGGAGAGAUUGGACGAUGUCGAGCCCAUGGAAAGUGAUGAACCCAAAAAUGGGGGAAUGAAUGAAGGAGAUUUGGCGGCAUUAAGAUCACUCAAUGAACACGACAUGUCAGUAGAGCUAUUUCAACAACACGCAGCUAUCUCAGAACUACAACAAUGCGAGGAGGAGCUAAUCGAUCAACACAAAUUGAUGAAUGAAUUCCUGCAAAAAUUCAUUCCCGAAUCUCAAAGCCUUUAUGACCAAACAAACUUUGUGGAUUACGAUCAGGAUUCUUAUUGCAAACGAGGCGAAGAACUUUUCACACAACUGGCUGACCUGGCUACUGCGUGCAAAGACUUGAUGGUCGAUUUCCGUGCAAAACUCGCAAACGAGGAAAUGGUAGCAACAAAAAUCAAACCGGGAAAACGAUAGACAUGAAAAAUUUUCAAAAAAUUUAGAACAAACAAAAAAUUGCUUUUAAAUCCUUUUACGAAAAAACAAAAAAAAACCAACAAUCCCGUGUGUGAUUUUCGAUUUGUCAAAUAAAUUGUCUCACUA